ACGUGACUUGCCGACUGCAAGAUAUGAAGUCGUCUUUGUGGAUAGCAUACGCUUUGAACAAGAUGAACCUUUUGAACCGCACAUUGCAUUUAGAAAAAAAUAACGUGGCAUUCCUUAAAAAGAAGUUUUUCUGUAGUGGCGACUACUCAAAAUACAAUUACAAGACUAGUACUAAUGCGACGACAGUGUCGACAAUCACCACAGUCCCAGUUGUGUCAAUUGUAAGAAAAUUCAUCAAUAGUUCAUUGAUUAAAUUUCCAGGAUGUGGGUAUAGAAAUAAUUACAAUCUUUUAAUUUGUGUGUGUGCAGUGUAAGUGUUACAGUUUACGCCUUAAAAUAUUAACAUCAUUUCUAAUCUUGUUUCAGUGUGCCUCUUAGUCACAGUCUUAUUCUUCUAUAUAUUUUUAUGACCUUGGCUAGGCGUAGAAACUAGGAAGUGUAUACACGUUAUCUCCUGCACUAUCUGCAGGGUUGCCAGAUUAAAAUUUCGAUUUUAAGCCAGACGGUAUUUGAAAAGAGCCAGAAAAAAGCCAAAUAAAUUUGAAAAUAUAUUGCAUACUCACAUUACAAAAAAAGCUCUAAAUCAAAUUCAUUACUCUCAUCCUCACUGGAAGUUCUGUAACUAGCGAAUCCUAUGCCAUAAACCUUGUCGGAUGUCAAGGCUUUUAGCACUUUUUCAGAUGGAGAGGAGUCUUUAUUCUGUUUCUGCCUUCGUUUUUACUGUGGUGACAAGAGAGAAUAUCCUCUCAACUACUGCAUUACUAACUGGGGUAAUCAAACAAGUAAGAGCAUAAGAAGCGAGCUCUUUAAAUGCCUGAUGUUGCAGCACGCCAAUCCAAAACUUUUCACUGUCUGUUGGAGCUCCAUCUUUCUUAAAUGCAGCUUCUUCUUUCCAAUCAAUAACAAUUAUUUUUUCUGUAUUGUUCUUCAAUAAUACUGAUGUUGUUUUCAGCAAGGUGUAUAAAAGGUAAUCUUGAUUUACAGCUUCUUCUAACAUAGAUAUAGAUCGUUCUUUGACAUUUUUUUUUUCCAACUGAGCAGGAACUUAUUACAUUCUGUUAAGAAUUUAAUACCAAAAUCAAUCUCACAAAUUUGUAUUUUCUGCCCAUUAAGAUCAUAUAGUCUGCUCUGAAGACUUUUCUAGUGUAAGAAUAAUUCUUGAUACAAUUCAUGAGGAUCAGGUUUGGUUUGAUGAAAAAGACUGUCUAGUCUUUCAAAUUCCUGCACAACAGGUGUUGCAAACACAAAGAACAAAUAAUUUGUGUAGUCUAACACCAUUUCCUUUAACAAUCUUGCGUUGUAUUUUGUGUCAAAUUUUUAUUGAGCUAAUUCAGCACUAGUGAAAUAAACCUCCAGUUCUUCCCAAUUCAUCAAAAUGUUAAACAUAACCUUCCCACGCACAAACCAUCGAGUAGAUGAAGGUUUUUCAAAGGGAAUUGGAGCAGUUCGGGUUGACUCAAAUUCCAUAGGUGUGUUCAUAACUCUAAACAAUUCUUUGUAUGCUUCCCGUCUUAAAUCACUAUGGCGAAACCAUUGAGGUAUUUAUUUCUGAGAGCGAAAAUCCAAUAUUUGAUGGUAGCUUGGCUGCCGAAUAAUAAAUGCAAAGUGCAAGCGAAUGAAAAGUAUAUUUGAGCUGUACACAGUAAGGCGAUACAUCUUUCAGUCUAGACCAGACAGAGUUCUUGCACCCCACCAUAUUUGAUGCACCAACCGAUGCAAACCCAAUGCAAUUUGUAAGACUCUGACCACAUCUUUUGAUUUCUUCGUCAACCAAAUUAAAUAUGUUUCCUCCCGUAGCCUCUUGCACGGGAAUUAAACCAAGAUAUCCAGUGACAAUUUCCCUUUUAAUACCACUUAAAAAACGAACUACAAUGCACAAGUGUUUUUGUGUGGAAACGUCAGUAGAUUCAUCUAUAAUGAGGGCAUAUUUUUUAUUCCGAAAGCCAUCAAUGAGAUCAGAUUUCGGCGCAGGCGAUAUGACAGUUUUAAUUAGGCAUGAACACUUAGAUCUGCGCAAUUUUAUGUGCCCCAACGUGGCAACUGGCAAGUAGCAACUGCCAAGUAGCAACUGCCAACUAUCUUUGUAGUGUUGCCAUUUUAGAGUAAAAGUAUUUUAAGAGAGAUUUGUAAAUAAUUUUCGAGCAACUAAGUAGAAGAAGCCAAAGAAACGCCAAGCAAGCCAAAUGAAUUAUCGUAAGCCAACCAAGUCGGAAAAACGACAGAUUUCUCGAAUCUGGUGUCAAAAAGCCUAAUUUGCAACCCUGACUAUCUGUCCGGCGACCAAGUUACAUGACCGCCGGAAGAAUACUUAAUCUAGAUAUUCGUCCGGCGACCAAGUCACAUGACCGCCGUAACAAAGUGGCGCGAGAGAUUUGUUCAUCCCUUGUCACGUGACCGCGAAUGAUUAAAAACUAUGGUUAGUUUUAAAAUCAAAUUUUUAAAUUUCUGUACCAAGUAGUUUACUAAGUUAUCUUGCAAACAAAUAAUAGAAAAAAAUACUUGGGUAUAUUAGCAAAACAAAGUGGGGGUUAAGCAAUAAUGCAUUCUAGAAGGAGGCAAUGCUGAGAGGGAGCAAGAAUUACGCUAAUGAAAAAUAAGAAUGCUAAAAAAAUAAUAGUAAUGGUGAUAAAUAAUUACGUUUAAUGCGGGGAAGCCGAAAGUUCACAAAGAAAUAGACCCUACAUCUUAAUAUAGGGCCGAUAUAGUGGUAACUACAACUUUAUUGACAUAGGCGGUCUACUGGUAGGCCUAUUAUUUUAUUUGGUUUAUGUUUUAAAUUCAGGCUUCAAGCUAGAGCUCUACAAGAUGUUUAAGCAAGAUAGGGGACUUUUUUCUUUGAAGAGUCGGAAUCAACUAGACUAGAAAUAGUAGCAGUAAUAGUACUACUAGUUAGUUUAUAGACCGACGAGUUUAAUAUUCAAAGUCAAACACUUUAUGUGUCUCAGAGCAUUUGAAUAUGCGAUAGCACCAAAAUUAUGGAACAGUUUGCCUCAAUCUUUUUUGGGGAAUUGAAAAUGAUAAAAAAUCAUUUAUGAAACAUUUAAAAACAUUUAAAGACUGUGACUAAGAGGCACACUGAAACAAGAUUAGAAAUGAUGUUAACAUUUUAAGGAAAACUUAUACUUGUAACACUUACACUGCACACACACACAAAACAGAGCGCAGUGAGCAUGCGAAAGUGGCAUGGAUACCAGCGCGAUAUAAAUAUCAAAUCAAUCAAUCAGUUUAUUUAUUAUCUAGGGAUCAGCUAAUAUAUGUACACAUUAUUGGAAUAUAUAUGCAAUGCAACUAAUUUGCCGGCGACCACUUGUUACAUGAUAUGUCUACCCCCGAAAAAAUAUCUUCCGCUAGUCGUCCGGCGGGGCGGUCACGUGCCCGCCGGAAGAAUUUCUCCCACUUUUCGUCCGGCGGUCAUGUGACAUGCCCGCCGGAGGUAUAUCUCCAGCACUAUUUGUCCGGCGCGCCGGACAUGUAGACACUUCCUAGAAACUAAUAAAUAAAUGUUAAUAUUAUAUACUGAUUACACAUGUGACAAUGUUAGUUUUAUAGGCUAAAUGAGAUCAAUGCACACUAUUUAAACAUUAACAUGGAGAAGAAAAAAAACUCUUAUUAUAAUUAAUUAUUAAUUCUAAUUUUUCUAAAAAGAAAUUGUAUUGAAAUUUCUUAGUUUUACAGUUAACAAAUUUAUAGCAAAUUCUAUACAAUUCAAUUUCAAUAAUAUUUUUUUUGCAUAUUAUAUUUAUAUUUUGAUAAAUAUUUUGUCUAUUGUAAUUGAAGAUACACUAUUUUUUUAAAAGUAAUGCUAUUUUACUUGUAUUUUUUUCAGGUAUACUUUAAAAAGUUAUUUAGUUAAUUUAUAUUUAUUUUGUAAAGUUAAUAUAGGUUUAUUCAAUUGUGUAUCUACUCCAUCAAAUUAAAGUAUUGAAAUUAAUGUAUAGGACUACUACUAAUUUGAAAAAAUGAAGAUUUAUUCCAGACAUGUUCGGCUGCAUACUUCUCCGCAAAAGCAAACAGCUAAUCCUUUAAAAUGGAGUUAUGUUCAUGGCGCCUCAUCUGUUCCUUUAUUGGGAAUCACAGUUGGAAAGCAACUUCAGAAGACUGCAGAAACAAAUCCUAACAGGUCUGCAGUGAUAUUUGCCAAUGAGAAACAGCAACUUACAUUUACAGAAUUGUUAGCAAAAGUAAGUAAGUUAUACAAAUUUCUUUUAAAAAAUGUUUCUUUUAAAAUUAGCCAAAUUUGCUUUUAUGGGUGGCCCCUAGUUUUAAAGUGAUAAGUGUAAAGCCCCUGGCUUUGUCUAUUUGUCUGUAAUGAGAAAGGAGCUGCAAAGAGAAAACAAUUCUACAAUUGCAUUUAAAAUGUUUGUUCUCAUUCUUUAUAUCUUUUUUAUUGGGUUUACCUAUGCUACUAAUAACUCAAUUAGGAGAUAGCGUCAGUGGGUCAUCGAGCGUGUGCUCUUAAUACCCCCUCCGGCACAACCCCACACGAGACGACGCCGGGUCUCCCCUUCGCCACACCGUGCGGAGGAGCGCCCGAGACCUCCCCCUCGAGCUUAGGGGCUUGUCUGGUCGACCGUUCACACCCCUUUCAGAGUGUGGACAGUCCACUCUCCUUGGUGGACAGGACGGCUUUGCUUCCUCUCCCGGGGUCGUGUUGCGUUACUUUCCUCCACCGUACAGGGAGUUGUUCGAACCGUCCUGGGAGUGGUUUGGUCGGGACAUAAGCUGGGACGAAACGGUCGCCUAGGAGCGACUUUCUCAGGGCCGCGUGUUUUUAAUCCUUGGCAAGGGUUUUGCUUCCACCCAGGCCUCAUAUCCAUUAUCGGCGACACGUAAUCAUGUUAGCGCGCAACUUCCGUUGUGUUGGAAGUCAUGCGUUUGGCUGGGAUCUUUUGGCUUCGGGAGAGCUUUCCUACUAGUCUUCACGCCGCGUAGAGGCAAGAUCCGUGUGACACCUCCGAAUUUCUUCGGUGGUGUGGGUCGCCGACCUACAGGCGUUUGGUCGGGUCAUUCCGUGAAGCCUAUGCUACUAAUAAGAAAUUGUAUUCAAAUAUUCAUAUAGGUUUAAAACUUUUUAAUAAGUAAAAAUAAAAUAUUUAUGUAGAGAAUAAUCUUGAAUACUUUGUAUUACAGACACAAUGUUUUUAAUUUUUAAAAAAUUAUUUAAAUCUGUUUGUAUUUAAAAAAAAAAUAAGGCUGACAUGUUUGCAGCUGGUUUAAGAACCUUUGGCUUUAAACAUGGAGACAGAGUUGGUAUUUGGGGACCUAACUCAUUAGAGUGGGUGCUGACUCAGUAUGGAACAGCAAGAGGAGGAAUAGUCUUGGUGAGCCCUAAAUUUUUAGACUUAUUUCAGUUUUAUAACUUGUAUUAUGUUAUUUUGAUUUUAUUUCCAAUUAAAAACUACAAAUUUAACAGACAUUAUUUUUCUACGGCUUUUCUUAAAGAUUUGUAAACAAAGUCUAUGCAUUUGUAAUAUACUUUCCUGUAUCAUUGUUUAAAGGAAGGCUAAGAUAUAUCUUCUUAUCUAUAAAAUUUAAUAUUAAUUAUUUCAGGUGAACAUAAAUCCAUCUUACAGAAAAAAUGAAUUGAAAUAUGCUCUGAAUAAGGUAAUGAUUUUGUUGCUUACCGGUAUUGGAAUUUUCAUAAGGGAUCAGUGGCAAAUCUAGGGGAUGGCAAAGGAGGAGACAUUUUUUUACAAGCAAAGUUGCUGACAUUUACGCUGAGCUUGAUGGUCUUGACAUAGUGCCCCUAGAUUUGCCUAAUUUUUCUUGUAUUAGUUCACAUUUCAAUGUUUUAAACUGGUUUUAGAACAAGAGGUCAAAAGUAUUAUUCUGAAAUCUAAACCUACAUCAUGUUCUUUGGACCCCAUCCCCACCCCUUGUUGGUUGAGACGUUAGAACAUUUGCUCCUAACAAUAACCCACAUAGUCAAUGAGAGCUUGUCUUCUGGCACUUUUCCCCCUAUUUGUAAGUCAGCUGUCAUCAACCCAUUGCUUAAGAAGCCUGGUCUGGAUGAAAAUAAUUUAAAAAAAAAAUUAUAGAGGAGUAUCUAACUUAUCAUUUUUUUUUUCUGAAGUCAUUGAAAAACUAGUUCUUAAACAACUUUUUGAUUUCCUACUUAAAUGACCACUCAGUUCUCAGUCCUAAUCAGUCGGCCUUUAGACCUUUCCAUAGAGACAACUCUCUUGAGAGUCACAAAUGACCUCUUGCUGGCAAUGGACAGUGGUAAUGGCUCCAUCUUGAUCCUUUUAGAUCUCAGUACGGCCUUUGACACUGUUGACCAUAAAACCCUCUACAGAACGCUUGAAAAUUACUUUGGAAUUUCUGGUUCAGUUUUGACUUCGUUUAGUUCCUACCUCUCUGAUAGAACGCAGGUCGAUGUCUGUCUCUCCGGCAGUGCUGACUUGGUGUACUGAGUGCCACAGGGGUCCGCUUUUGGCCCGGUUCUAUUUGCAGUGUAUAACAGGACACUGCUUCUCUUGCUCGGGAGGCAUGCUAUUGAGAGCCAGUCAUUGGCAGAUGGCACGCAGCUGUACAAGCAAACCCAUCCCUCUCUUGUUGAUUCUGCUGUCCAGACUUUGCGGAAGAGCAUUGGUGAUGUCAAGACAUGGAUGACACUCAGCAAGUUGAAGCUUAACGAUGAAAAAACGGAAGCACUCCUUAUUCACAAUCACAAAUCAUCCUCUAACUCAGCUCUCCCCACCUCAUUUCAAGUAGGUAACUCCAACAUACAGUUUACAUCCUCCACUAGGAAUCUUGGUUAUAUUCUGUCUAACAACAUGUCUCUCAAUAAUCAUAUCUCUCACAUUUGUCGCUCUGCAUACAUUGCUAUCAGAUCAGUUCCAUCGGCCAUUACCUCACAGUUAGCGAAACAAAAACCGUAGUCUAUACUCUUGUUCUUUCAUGUGUUGACUAUUACAAUUCUCCUCUGUCAGGUUCACCAAAACACUUCAUAGAAAAAUUACAAAAUGUUCAAAACUCAGCUGCUAGGCUUGUUCUAAAAGCAAAAAAAAAAAAGUUUUCAUGUCACACAACUACUUCAUUGGCUCCCUGUACAAGCACGGAUUGACUAACAAACUCUCUGUUCUUUUUUUAUUUUUUUCUCAAAUUCCUGCCCUUCCUAUCCCACCGAACUUCUCUCUGUCUAUUCGCCCCCUUCGACAGCUUCUCUCCUUCGCAGACACGAGUAUUCUUUCUGUUCCCAAGUCACGCACAAAAAUAUACGGUGAAAGAACUUUCUCUUUCUGUGCCCCCAAACAAUGGAAUUCUCGUCCACUACACAUCCGCAAUAUACCUACAACCCAGGCCUUCAAAACUGCACUCAAAACACAUCUCUUUAAACUCUACUACUCCUCUAACAAAUAAACAUUCUGCUGACUUGGUGUACGGAGUGCCACAGGGGUCCGCUUUUGGCCCGGUUCUGUUCGCAAUGUAUAACAGGACACUGGCUUGACAUGUAAAUAGUUCUGGGAAUGGGUGGAGUGAAUAAACAUUUGUUUUGUUUUUAUACACUCGUUUUUUAUUUCAUUAAUGAAUGUUAAUUUUUAAGUUCAUGAUUAUGUUUGUUAAAUUGUUUGUGCAGCGCGGUGAGCCCAGCCCUUGGCUGGGGUACAGCGCUAUAUAAAACCACUAAUAAUAAAAAUAAUAAAACAUUAGGUAGUUAUUUAUUGCGUUGUAUAAAUGAUGGGUGUCUGUUUAUUAGAGGGUAGCUUCUUUAGCAGUUGGACCCGUUCAGCACGUAGUCAAGGUUUCGGUACUCUGUGUUUGCUAAGGAAUGCUUUACUUUUUUUUUUAUUGGGUCAAAAAGUGUUGUUUAUUAGACAUACUAAUUUAAAAUUAUUUCAAAUUUGACAAGUUUCUUUAUUUUUAGAACAGUUUUCAUAUUAUAUAAUGGUUUCCAACAUGGAGAGCUUCUGACACAUACUUUAUAGCAUUCAUUUCUAUUUCUUUGUUGUUUCUGCUGUUGAAGGCGUCUAGUCGAAACGUUAAUUUUAUUGUCCAUUUUUUUAAAAAUAGUAAAUGAGUGGAUAAUCAACAUUUUAUUUUUGUUUAGUUACUUGACUAACUGAAUUUUUACUUUUUGUGUAAGUUUUAAUAUCUGUUGAGCAUCGAACAAAUUGCACAUAAUUUUUUAUCAUCCCCAUGUCUUAAAUUUUACACGUUUUCAAAAAGUUCCAAAUCAUAAAACGUUGUUAUUGAUCAUUGUAUUACUAUUUAAGUGGUUCUCCUCACAGAAUGAAAAUUUAUUACGGAAGAAGAUUGCCAAGCAUGGGCGCCCGCAGAAAAAUUUCUAGGGGGAGGGGGGGGGCAAAAAAAUCGAUUAACUUUCUAGGUGGGGCAAAAAAUCGAUUGACUUUCUAGGGGGGGGGGGGCAAAAAUUGUGUAGUAAUGUUUUAAUGUAGUUUUAAUUUACUGUAGCGUAUUUUUAUGGUGAACGAACGGACAUCAGCUUAGUUACUUUCUCUCUUUUUUCUCUUUACUUUAAUACAUUUUUGUCUAUUUUUGUCUAAAAAGAUUUAUCUAAUAAGGGGGGGGGAAGUGCCCCCCCUUGCCCCCCCCUGCGGGCGCCCAUGUUGCCAAGUGCUGUUCUUUAGGAUUUAAUCCUUAUUAUACCCCCUCUCCUUUUCAUCACUUAGCUCAUAUGGUGCUUACAUUUUUGUACCACAUUACUAAAUUACACUGGUGUCGAAAUUUGGUAACCCACAACUACAAUCUUUUUUUUCUAAUUUUUAUACUCAGGUUGGCUGUAAAGGUCUUGUGGCUGCCCCUAGUUACAAAAACAUUGACUACAUUUCUAUGUUGAGAGACCUGAUGCCAGAAAUGGAUAAUACCUUAGAAGGCUCACCUCUUAAUGCCAAGGAGUAAGUUGACUGUUAAAUCGAUACAUAAAGAAUACAUUACAUAAUUAAUUCUGAAUUAUGCAACUUGAAUUUGAAAGUAUAGUUUUGAAAACAUUACAAUAAAGUUCUACCAUAUUUUUUAACUAAGUUUUCAAUGAAUGAAGGACACAUUUCUAAAUUAUAAUUGUAUUUUUUUUUUAUCCAAUAGUAAACUGUAUUAUAUUAAAGUUAUUUUUUUUUAAACUUAACUUUAUGAUGAAAAAUAAAAUAUUAUUUUUUUAAUGUUGCAUUAGCUGAAAUAAAGUAAACAAUUUCCUGGACUUUACUUGAACAAUAAUCAAGGAUAUUUUUAUUAACUGCAGGGUGAGAUCACUUAGAAACAUUAUUAUAGGUCAUUACACUAAAAAAUUGUUUUUACGUGAAUGUCAUGGUUAACAUUUGGUAGUAGCCAAAUAGUUUGUUUGUUGUUGUUGUUUUUGUUUUUUUUGUUUUUUUUAAUACUCUGACGUAAAUAGUUACAAUGAUAUUUAAGCAUUCCUUGUAUGUUAAUAGUUACAAUGAUAUUUAAGCAUUCCUUGUAUGUAAAUAGUUACAAUGAUAUUUAAGCAUUCCUUGUAUGUAAAUAGUUACAAUGAUAUUUAAGCAUUCCUUGUAUGUAAAUAGUUACAAUGAUAUUUAAGCAUUCCUUGUAUGUAAAUAGUUACAAUGAUAUUUAAGCAUUCCUUGUAUGUAAAUAGUUACAAUGAUAUUUAAGCAUUCCUUGUAUGUAAAUAGUUACAAUGAUAUUUAAGCAUUCCUUGUAUGUAAAUAGUUACAAUGGUAUUUAAGCAUUCCUUGUAUGUAAAUAGUUACAAGUGUAUUCAAGCAUUCUUUGUUUCCUUUUUCUGUUCAGUUAAAUUUAAAAAAAAUAAAGGUUAUUCAGAUUGUGUGUUUAUUUCUGCACAUUUCUAAAUGCUGAGAUAUCAAUACGUUGUAUAUAUAUGAUGCUUUUAAUUUAUUGAUUUAUUUUUUUCUUUAGUAUCCCUGAUUUAAAAUAUGUUUUUUCAAUGGGGGCCACUAAAUACCCUGGUACUAUCCGCGUGGAUGACUUGCUGAGCAUGGCUAGCCUCUCAGAGAUACG